CCUAAAACCUAAUUCCCUAAACUAAAUCAGCGCCGCACAGCCACAGCUCCACCACCGCGCCUUGUCUGACUCCCAUCCCUCUCCAGUCUCCACCGCGCGGUCCGCGCCGUCCCAUUCCGCCGGCCGCCGGCCGCCGGCCGCCACCCCACCUACUCUGCGCCUGCAAUCGCCCACCACGCCACCUCCGCGCUUGCAAUCCCCCAGAGCAGCUCGAAGCUCGAGCGCAGAGCGCCGCAGAUCUGCGCCUCUCUUCCCGACGGCCGACGCCCUCCACCUCUGACCUCAGAGUUUCAGACGCCCUCCCCAGAGCACCUCAUCGGCGCGUCAUUCCUUCAGGCUGCAGUAGCCUUAUGAAUUGGUGCAGUUGUUUCAAUUUUGUUCGAAUGAAUUGGUGCAGCCUUAUGAAUUGUGUUCGAAUUUGAGGGUUGGGUAGGUGCAUCAGCCUCAAUUGGAUUUUCGGAUUUUUUCGGUUUGGAUCGGAUUUUAUCCGAAAACUUCGCAUUUUCGGAUUCGGAUCAACGGAUUAUAUGGUUCGGAUUGGAUUUUAUUUUCUUCAAACUUCGGAUUUUCGGAUCGGAUCGGAUCAAGCAAAAAUCCGAUCCGUAAUCCGAAUGCUCACCCACCAUAAUCUGGCCACCGCAGCUGUUUCUUCAUCCGUUAAUAAAGUUAUCUCCGCCAGCAGUAGUGCUGGAAAACCUAGUUCAGUAGAUGAGCCUGCAUUGGUUAAGCUAAAGAAGGAAAGGGACCCUGAGAAACUGUUCAAUUUAUUUAAGGCCAAUGCCAUAAAUAAGCUUGUUGUUGAGAACCGAUUUGUCUUUGAGGACACAGUCUCUAGGUUAGCUGGGGCGGGCCGGCUUGAUUAUAUCGAGAAUUUGCUUGAGCAUCAGAAGACUCUGCCACAGGGUCGUCGGGAAGGGUUCAUUAUACGAAUAAUUAUGUUGUAUGGGAGGGCUAGAAUGACUAAGCAUGCUGUCAAUACGUUUUGUGACAUGCAUUUGUAUGGUUGUGUGAGGACUGUUAAGUCAUUCAAUGCUGCUUUGAAGGUAUUGACUGAAUCUCGGGAUUUACAGGCGAUUAAUUGGUUUCUAAAUGAUGUUCCUGCUAGAUUUGGAAUUGUGCUAGAUGCAUAUUCUUUUAAUAUUGUUAUCAAGGGUUUAUGUGAAAUGGGUAUACUGGAUAAGGCGUUUCUUGUCAUGGCUGGGAUGGGAAAAUGGGGACUAGCUCAUGAUGUUUUUACAUACACCUUGCUUAUAGAGGCCUCUUACAAGUCGAACUGGCCAGAGAUUGCGAAUGGAUUGUGGAGCCGGAUGGUAUUAAAAGGUUGUCUUCCCAAUAUUGCGACCUUCAAUGUGAGGAUUCAAUACUUGGUAAAUAAGGGGCGUACAUGGGAUGCUAAUAAGUUGUUGGAUUACAUGCGGAGAUUGAAGAAAUCUCCUGAGUUUCCUGAUGAGAUCACAUAUAAUUUGGUGAUUAAAGGUUUCUGCAAAAUGGGAAAUCUAAAAAUGGCUAUGUAUGUGUAUUCUGCUUUUAGGAGUGAGGGCUACAAGCCAAAUCAAAAAAUUUACCAAACCUUGAUCCAUUAUUUCUGUGAAGCAAGAGAAAUCGACAUGGCAUACAACAUGUGUAAACAAAGUAUGGAGAAUAACUGGUAUCCUAGUGUGGACACCAUCAACAAGUUGAUCGAUGGCCUGGUCAGAGAUGGAAAACUUGAGAAGAUUGAUAAGGCAAGGCAUAUCUAUAGUCUUGCUUUGAAAAGGAAACCUCCUUUUAAUUCGGCUCAAAUUGAAUUCAUGAAAUCCUUAGUAUGAAGGAAAUGAACUAAUUUAUUGGACGGGUCAACCGUCUCAUAGGGAGGUAAUUUGAUUGAUUGGUUGCAGAGCAAGGUCGAUUGGAGCCUUGCCUUUGAGAUACUACCUUUGGUGACUGCAUGUAAUUUCUUCAGUCCGAUUCUGGUUCUGCCCGAAUGAGUUAUUAGUGAUGUGAAAUCUCUAAGAGGACGGAUUCACUAAGUCGUAAGUUUAACUCAAUUACUCAAUUACAUUACAAAGAGGUAUAUGCAGCAACACAGUGAGGUGGAGCUUUCCGGACUUGGCAUGGCAAUCUCAACAGUUGUCUCAGUUGCUGAAAUUCUGAAGAACAAUGGAUUUGCUGUUGAGAAGA